GACGCGCAGCCGACGGACACCGAGAAGGAGGUCUACAUUCUGGUGGAGUGUGUGCUCAUUGAGGCCAACGAUAUAUUGUGUGAAUUGCAGACAUACAAAGGCGCCGGUCCUGAGAUACGCGAGGCAAUCGGAAAUCCUCUGAAUGAAGAAUUCCAGCUGAAGGCCUGGGAUGCAGUGCUACCACUCGUUAAUAAACUCAAACACUUCUACGAGUUUUCCCUCCGAUUAGAGGAUUGCGUACCGAAGCUGCUGUCGGCGCUGUGCUCCGGGUCUAUGAGUCCGCGCGAGCACUUGGAGACACAGCAGGCGCUCGUCAAACAGUUCGCAGAGAUACUCGACUUUGUGCUCAAGUUUGACGACCUCAAGAUGACUAACCCCUCCAUUCAGAACGACUUUAGUUACUACAGGAGGACUGUUAGCCGACUCCGGAUCGCCAAUCAAGAGAAUCCCAUAUUCGCCGACAAUAACGUGAACAUCGGUAACGAAGUGGCGAACCGGAUGUCACUGUUUUACGCGCAGCCGACCCCUAUGCUGAAGGUGUUGUCCGACUCGACCUCCCAUUUCGUGCUCAACAACAAAGACCUGCCCAUCGAGAACACCACCGAAACGUUGGGAACGAUGGCUAAAGUGUGUCAACGAAUGAUUGAGAAUCAGUUGAGUAUUGUGUCCGAGUGUCAAGUUGAAUUUUACUCACGCUUUCAAAACGAGGACACAAUCCUAUUCGUCCUGCGAGUGAUGGUAGGGGUGAUCAUACUGUACGAUCACGUGCACCCCGUGGGGGCGUUUGUCAAGUCCUCCCAUAUAGACGUCAGGGGCUCCAUAAAGGUGCUAAGGGAACAGCCGCCUAACGUAGUGGAGGGCCUCCUGAACGCCCUCCGCUACACCACCAGACAUCUGAACGAUGUCACCACUCCUAAGAAUAUCAAGAGUUUGCUCACGUGA